AAUUGUUAGGCCUCACUAUGGCGACCCUGGAGCCCUGGAAUCACUCCCUUACGGCAUAGUAUAUACGUAUUCUAAUCGAAAACGGUUGAACCGGAAGCAGAUUAGAGUCGGAGAGAACGCGUCCAUGUAUUUUGCAAGAUGGCUGGAGAAGGAAGUGGCGGUCUUACGGGUCAACUGUACAAACAAGAUUUAGCUACACUUGAUGUAGCUAAACUGACUGCCCUCUCUCCUGAGGUUAUAAGUAGACAAGCAACAAUCAACAUAGGUACAAUUGGUCAUGUAGCCCAUGGGAAAUCUACAGUGGUGAAAGCUAUUUCUGGCGUUCAGACUGUUCGUUUUAAAAAUGAGUUGGAAAGGAACAUUACCAUUAAGUUAGGAGUCCUCAAGCCUGAGACUGAGGGGAGCUUGGAAAGAGAGAUGUCCGCAGCUGAGGUUGAACCUGUGUCCAUAACAGAUGGGGACUGUGUCAUCAUUUCGAGAAAAUUGAAGAACAGUGUCACAGUGAAGCCCAAGAACAUACGCAAGGUGAAAGCUAACAGUGUUGAGUGUAGUUUGGAGUUGAGUGCAGGGAAAGGUAGGAAAAAACAGAGAGUGUCUGUAGAAUCUGAAUGCGAGGAAGGUGAGCCAGUCUAUGAGGUGGAGAGAAUUUUAGAUCACCGUAAAGAUAAGAAUGGAAAAAUUAUUUAUCUGGUGAAAUGGAAAGGGUGGCCCACAGAAAAUAGUACAUGGGAACCUGAAGAGAACCUCACUAAUUGUAAGCAUACACUGAAAAAUUAUCAUGCAAAAUUUAAAAGACAGAGAGUAGAACCCACCUCCCAUGGAUUACCAACAUCGGAAGAUGUGGAGAACUUCAAAAAAAGUCUUGGGCAACCAACUAAAGGAAUGUUGGAAAGCCUCAUGAAGACUUUUUCAGGGAGGGGAUUUCUCAAGUACACAGUGCCCAAGGAGAAAGACAUAGACAAGAAAAUUGUUGAAUUACUAAAAUUACCUUAUGAUAAGAGGAAACCACAAUUGGUACAAAAAAUAAAGGAUGCACUCAUGGUCCGAGAAUUUCAUUUCAGACGGUUGGAACAGCUGGCAAACCUCCGGGUGUUUGAAAUGGAAAUGAAUUGCCUAUCGACAGAUAAGGCUUGUAUAACUGUGGAAAAUGAAGUGGAUCUUGAGGAGGCACCAACCAAUUUUAUAUAUUUAAAUGACUAUCUGCCUGGAGAAGGUGUCACCAUUCCUGAGGACCCACCGGUUGGCUGUGACUGUCAGCUGAUCUGCAGUGUUAACUCUGUAAAUUGUUGCAGUAAACAGUCUGGAUCUACUUUUGCAUAUGGUCCUGAUAAGCGUCUCAUUGUUCCUGUGGGCACUCCUAUAUAUGAAUGCAACAAGCGUUGUAAGUGCAGUCCAAAUUGUUUAAACAGGGUAGUUCAAAAUGGACGUACAGUACAGCUAUGCGUGUUCCGAACAGCAUCUGGUUGUGGCUGGGGAGUGAAAGCAUUGGAAGCUAUUAAGAAGGAUUCAUUUGUUUGUGAGUACGUGGGUGAAGUGAUUAAGAAUGAAGAGGCAGAGAAAAGGGGGAAAAUAUAUGAUGCAGAGGGCAAAACUUAUCUGUUUGAUUUAGAUUAUAAUGAUAGCGAACAAAAUCCAUUCACAGUAGAUGCUGCAGUAUAUGGGAACAUUUCUCAUUUUAUAAAUCACUCAUGUGAACCAAACCUUGCAGUGUUUGCUGUGUGGAUCAAUUGCUUGGAGCCUAAUUUGCCGAAACUUGCCCUGUUUGCCACAAGAAAUAUAAGAGAAGGGGAAGAAAUAACUUUUGAUUAUAUGUGCCAAUCUUUAAAGGGGAACAGUAAUUCAUCCCAAAAUUCAGAGUUAAUUUCUGAAAGUGCUGUCUUGCCAUACACAUCUCCAUUGCGUGCACGUCUCACCCUGCCCACCAGUGAUAAUUUAGAGAACUGUUUACCAGGAUCUUCAGAAUGUGAUGAAACUGCUUCCAAAACUCGUUGCAAAUGUGGAGCUAAAAAGUGUCGGAAGUACCUGUUUUAACCUAUGUUUUUCCUCCAUCAGCUGCACUUUAUUUCCACUGAUUCAUGUGGAUUUGUUAAGUGAUAGUAUGUCAGUACAUGAAUACUACUUGAAGUCACAUGAGCUUCAGUAGUGUUAUACAGAGGCCUGCAAACAUGUGGCAGGAGGUCAGUUUGUACAGUUAUCAUCAUAGUUGCUUUUCUGUUUUCUGCUUCAUACUUUCCAGAAUUCUUUCUCGUAUUCAUCUUUCACCCAUCAUAGAAUCAUUCCGAAGCUAGCAAGUACUUCUGGUAAUUAAAUUAGCAGAUUAUGGCAUAAGGUUUAUUAUGUAAGGUAUGCCAAAUUAGGUUUUCCAUUUUCAGUCAAAGUGCUGGCGCAUUUCACAAGAAAAAGUCCUGUGUUUUGGCCACCUUUAUCUUAAUAUGUUAUAAUUGUUGCUGUUUUGUCAUUGCUGUAUGGGUGAAGCUUUGUGCUGCUUGAGUAGCAGCAGUUGUAUAUGUUUGUUUUAAUUAUAAGAUAAUCUCAAGGUA